AUGGGGGCAGCGUCAUCCAUCGAUGCGAGUCGAGUGCAGGAGAUGUCGGAAGCAGAGAUAUCCGUGGCACGGCGCGACGUCGUGGAACACGUGAACCGCCUGGAGGCGGAGAAUGAGGCGUUGAAAGCGCGAAUCGCCGCUCUCGAGGCGGGGCCGACGCGGCAUCCAUUGCGUCGGAAUGUGUCUGCCGAAGAAUCGACGUCGUCGCUGCCCGCCGAGCUCCAGGGCUUAGAUGCGCUGUCCGCGUCCAUCGCGGCUCCCGAAGCGCUCGCGGACCGGUCCCGCGCGGCAGCCGAGAAUCCCGACGACGAGGCGGCGCGCCGCGCGCUCGCGGAGAGCGUCGAGGAGGCGAUGCGCGACGUCCGCGAGGCGUUCGCGUCGCAAGCGGGGCGGCCCGGUGUCGUCACGAUGUGCGAUGCGGCGAUCGCCGCCGGCGACGACGAUUUCCUCUCGGUUUAUAAGGUUAUGUGGGAUCGCAUCGCGAAGAAAACUGAUGACCUGGAGGCAUACGAGACGGCUGUGGCGUCCGUGCGACGACGCUCGCUGACGGCGGCUAGCGUUACCCAGGGCACCGAGAGCAUCGCGGAGCUCGUGGCUGCGGCGGGCCGGGUCAAGGCACGGUUCGACGAGCAGAUGUCAUCCUUGGCAGACACCAUCAAGGGUGCGAGGUACCGCCCCCCAGCGGAGCUCAAGAAAACGUCGCGCAUCGUCGAGAAGGCUUUCUGUCAAGGCACUUGCUCGCGCAUCUUCGACGUCGUAAGGUGUAUGAUCGUUGUUGACGACAUGAACAUCGCUGCCGAGGCGCUCUCGCGCCUCGCGGCGGAUUCAGAGGUCGAGAUCGUCCGUAUCAAGGAGCGCUUCGUCCGGGAACCCACGAGCGGCGGCUGGCGUGACUGCAUGAUCAAUGGUCGCUUCACCGGGGGCUCGCCACACGUCUGGGAGGUCCAGAUCGUCCACCGCGAGCUGCUCGUCGCUCGCAGAGGUCUCCCGGGACACGCGAUAUACAAUUGUGUUCGCGUGGCGACCGAGCUCCUGGAGAAGAUGGGCCUCGAGAAGCACGACCGCGCGGCUCGCAUCGGCAAGCUCGCCGCGGCAUCCGGCGAGACAGCGAAAGACUUUCGGGACAAGGGCGUCGAGGCAGCGGAUCUCGUCGCGGCGGCCUGCUUCGAACCCCACGAACUCAAGGACGCCGGCCUCAGCGCCGACGAAUUGUCCGCGGCCGGCCUGCCACUUUCUGGCAUCCUGCAAGCCGGCUACGAAGCGUCCGACCUGCGCGGCUGCUCGGACACCGACGACCCGGGCGCAUUGCUACACGCGGGCUACGAUUUCGAUGAAGUCGCGGCGGCCUUCAGGAUAGACCUAGCGAAGGACCGGGACCGCCUCGUGCUGCUUCACGUCAAGCACGCGGUCGGCUGCGCGGAGCUACUGGUGUCGAAGAAGAAAGGUUGGGGCGGCGAAAACCUCGUAAAAUGGGGUGGCGUGAAAACCAACGGAAAGGGCCGCGUCGUCGAGUUGGACCUCAGCAACCUCAAGGCGAACGGCGUAUUGCCCGAGACGAUCCGGGAGCUACAAUUCUUGGAAAAUAUAAGCCUGAAGGGCAACCAAGACAUGGUCGGCCCGCUCCCGCGGGGGCUUGGUUUCUUAGAACACCUAAGCGAACUGGACCUCACGGGGACCGGCCUGCGUUUCCCCGGGACGGGAGUUCCCGCGUCGAAGCGGGUAGAGAAGGUCGCGGCGUUCUGCGAACGCCUCUUCGACGUUCAUGUCGCGGACGUAACCUUCGGCAGGUCAGAUUUUCAGAAGAUCCGCUGGAACAAGCUCAGCGUCGACGGUAGAACGCCCAACGGCGCGGGCGUGCUCCGGGGCUGGAUCGCGGUCGCCGUCGAAGGCAAGCGCGUCGAUGGUUCGCUCGACAAGUUCGAGACCGCGCUCGACGCCGCGGCUCGGACUAUCGCACCGACCAUUUCUUUCUACGGGAGAGCACCCUGGUGCUUUGACGGCUCCAAUGACCGCAGAUCGCCGAAGUUUGAGUGCAUCGAUGCGCGCACGGCCUACGCACUCGAAGAGGCGCGCGCGGCCGGCCUCGACGGGGUGGCGCUCCGCCUCGACACGAAGGCCGGUAAGGGCCGCACGUACGACUUCGACCUCGUCAACAUGACCCAGUGCUAUCGGGCGACCGCCCACGACAAAUUUGCAUAUAAGCCCCGCGCCAUCAAGCGCUACGAGUUCGGGACCCCGGAAUGGUCCGAGUACGUCCGCGCAAACCACGAAUCGUCUCUCCGGAAUGUAUCCGACUAGUCAGUAUUUCUAAUAUAUAUUAUCCUCUCUCUCUCUAAUAGACUCUAUUUAUAUCCUAUCCUGACUCCUAAGGUAUCGCUACGCUCGGCUCGAAAGGGGGGGGGGGCAAAAUCUUGACGGGGGAUGCAUGAGGUACGUGGAGCUACCCCCGGCGAAGCCCCGCCGGACUGCGUGCGGACGGCUGCUCCUCGAGCGCGUUCACGUCGACCACAAGUCCGGGGAGCAUGGGCGGACGCAGCUCCACGGCGCGUGCAUCAUCGGCAAAACGGACGUCGUGCGCGGCCUCCUGCUCCUCGGCGCGGACAUUAAUCUUGCGGACGCCACCGGCAAGACGCCGCUGGACUACGCGCUCCGGUUCCCGGCGCCGGACCACGAGACGCCGACCGACAACGGGGCGCUCGAGUAUCUCCUCGACGACCACCUCCCGGUCUUCUGGAAGCGCCUCUACGCCUUGACGUUCGCCCGCCUGGACCAUGCCGUCCUCUGCGACGAGUACCUCGCGCGCCACCUGGGAUCGUUCCUCGUCGGCGACGACCUCCUCAAGUAAUAACAAAAGGAUAUUACACACCACAAGAGAGCGAAUCUAGUAGUCGUCCGGCGCGUCGAACGUGUCGAGCGACUGCCGGAUCGCCUCCUCCGUCUCGAGCCGCUGCUUUUCCUUCGCGGCCAGCUCCUCCGUGGACUUGCGCUUGGCCAAAGCCUCGCGCCCGCCGCCGCCGCCGUACGCGUCCUCGCCGUCGCCUCGAAACGACCUUCUAGAGGAAGGCCGCGACCCAUCGGCCGGCGCCGGGCCCGCCGCUUCCACGGCAAACACGACCUCGUCCUUCUCAAAUUCAUCAUCCGUCACGACCUCGUCCGCCUCCUGUUGAUAGUCCAUGUCCCGCCGCAUCAUCGCAAUCAGAGCGUUCUCCGCGCUUAACGCGGCCAAAGAACAAUCCACUUUAUGAUCAUGUUCGGCCUUCUGUUCCUUGAGCAUUUCUUCCGCAUCCGACGGCCGCACCUUCUUCAGCACGACCAAAUACACUUUAUCGUUACUUUCAUGAUCAUACAUCGCCUGCCAUUCAUCCCUCAAAAGUUCAUGCGUCGCG